AUGAAUGAAAUUGAGGACAAGAAAGAGGUGGCAAAGUGGCGAGGAAGGGUGAGCGGCAUAGUUGAAGCUCCGGCGGAGAAAGUAUGGGGGUUGGUGUCCAAAACGAAGCGGUUACGGGAGUGGAUAACAAUGGUGGAAAGAUGCACAGAGUUGGAAGGGAAAGAAGGGAUUCCAGGGUACACUAGGCUUAUAUCAGGCUUCAUGUUUCCACAGGAAGAUGGAGAAAGGUCAUGGAUCAAGGAGAGGUUGGUGUCCAUGGAUAUGGAUAUGGAUAUGGAUACCCCAUUGUGUAGCUACGUUUAUAGAAUGGAGGCCACCAAUAUUGUUGGGUUAGAUGGCUCUGUGAAUAGGCUGAAAGUGGUUGAUUAUGGGGAAGACUCAACUCUGGUUGAGUGGUCUUUUGAGGUUAAUCCCUAUGAUGGGUUAUGUGAGGAGAGUAUUGUAGAUUAUUUGGGAUUUUUGUAUAAGUCUUGUAUUCAUAGGAUUCAGGCCGCAAUUGAUGCUGCACCAUCCAACAAAGCUUAACUCCAAUAUAUAUGUCAUCUCUUCAACUUAACAUGUAUUUAUUAAUGUUUUUGGUGAUGCUAUAAAUGUAUACCUUUUGUAUUGGUUUUUCUCCAUAAUCUCCCCUAGCUAUGUUUAGUUUAAAA